AUGGCCAGCGGGGAUGACGACGACCCUAUUAUAGAGGAGAUUGACGUCUAUCUCGCCAAAAGCCUUGCAGAGAAGCUUUAUCUACUUCAGUACCCCGUGCGACCAUCCAAGAUGACAUAUGAUGACGUCAACCUUUUGGCGGCUAAGAUCAAACCCAAACAGCAGCGGGUGGAACUUAAGAUGGCCAUGGAUACCAAUAGCCCCAACUACUGUCGCAGCAAGGGCGAGCAAAUAGCGCUGAAUGUGGACGGCACUGGCUACGAGGAGAGCAACACCUAUUCAGUGAAAAUGAUGGACAAUCAGACCUUCUCAUCAAUUCAGGCCACUACCAGCACUUCCCGAUACGCCGCUGCCAUUUUCCGAAAAGGUGAACUUCACAUAACUCCGCUGACAGGAAUUCUGCAGAUGCGCCCCAGUUUUACUUAUCUGGACAAGGCAGACAACAAAACCAGGGAGCGAGAGGCCGGGAAUGAAGGUGGAGACUCGUCCCAGGAUGAAGGCGAGGAGGAAGCCAAGGCUAUUUCGGUGAGGUUCGCUCGUCCCGAGUCGGAGCAAGCGCGCCAGAGAAGAAUCCAGUCAUACGAGUUCCUCCAGAAGAAGCAGGCCGAAGAGCCCUGGAUCCACUUGCAGUACCACGGCAUUAGGGACGGGCGCUCUGAACAUGAGAGGCAGUAUUUGUUCUGUCAGAACGUGGACUCUUCUGACAACUCUGAGCUAGUUAAAACGCCCAAGGAAUACCUCACAAUGCUGAUGCCUCCACUGGCAGAAGAGAAAGUUGUGAAGCCCGUGGGCCCGAGUAAUGUGCUUUCCAUGGCCCAGCUGCGCACACUGCCACUUGGCGACCAGAUCAAGACCCUGAUGAAGAACGUCAAGGUGAUUCAGUUCGCCAGCCUCAUGGGGCUGCUGGCCUCGGGUACCGAUUCUACAGCAGUUCUCCGUUGCAUCCAGCAGGUGGCGCUUCUAGUCCAGGGUAACUGGGUUGUGAAGAGUGACGUUCUGUACCCUAAAAAUACGUGCAGUCCUCAUAGCGGUGUUCCAGCUGAUGUACUUUGUCGGGGCAGAGACUUUGUGAUGUGGCGGUUUACUCUGGAACGCUCACUGAUGAGAAAGGAGGUGACGGCCAUGAUCAAACUUCCUCCGGAGGAUGUGAAAGAUUUCCUGGAGCAGGUAGCGGUUCCGCGUGUCAAUCGUGGCUGGGAGUUCCUACUGCCCGCCGAUGUUGAAUUUGUCAGGAGACAUGCUGACGUGGCCCAGCGGCAACAGAUGCUGUGGCUCGGCAUCCAGAGCAAAUUAGAAAAAGUGUUCAAAUUCUCUAAGGAUGACUUCAUGCCGAAGAAUUCUCUACUGCCUGCUUCGUCAGAACCAGUUCACGUCAGUGGCGUUCAGCGUCUGAAAAUGGCCCAGGAUCGCGCGCAGGAGAAGCAGGCUUCUCUACAAAGGGACCUCGACGGCAAGAAGGCGGCAAGCGGCGGCAUCCGCAUCAAACAGGAGCCUUUAAGCGACGGCGAGGCCGAGCCCAUGGACACGUCGGCUCCCUUGCCGUCGUCGUCGGGCCUCACCAACGGCUCGCUCAAUGGCUACCCGGUUGCCGGGCGCACCAAUGGCGGCAGCCCCGCCAACGCGCCCUCGCCGCAACUGCUGGACUUUGUGACGGCGACCUUCGGGAAGAAUCACGUGCUGACGCUCAACGAGCUCAAGAGACUCUUCAGUCUCCACUUGGCCACCAUGCCGGCCGGACACAUCCCCUUCGGACCCGUGUCGGAUCACAUGUUGCAGGACGCCGUGCUGCUUAGCCGUUGCAAACAGAUCAUGGUGCCUUUUCCCGCUCUGACCUCUGCUACUGCUGACGAACAAAAGGUGUUUGGUCUGUGGGAGACCGGAGAGGACUUUGACAAGCAUCGCCACCUGCUCUACGAGAUGUUUACCAAAAAUUACCGCCUAAGGCGGAGUGCGGUGCAAACUCGGCUAAGCGAAACGUUCGGGGAUGUCUCCAAGGCCGACCUGGACCGGCUGCUCAAGGAAUGCUGCAGCAGCCACGGUGGGCUGUGGUACCUUAAAGGAACCAUACCGUCAUGA